CCUGAAGAAUCCACCUUAACAGCCAGACCCGUGUUCACAUACGAGCAGUUUGACUCGCCUGGAGCUCCAAAACGUGUCGCAUCCUGUCGGGAACGUCUUGCAGCUCCCAACCUGCCCAGGGGGCCUGAUUUAUAGAACAUCAGGUAGAACGUGUUUGUAUAUCAGGAACAUCCUGGUUUCAUAGACCUGCAACAGUUUCCCUUUCUGGAUCCCAGCUGCACCUCAGCGCCUGGUUCCGGGUUCCUGCCCCGGUUCCGCCUGCAUGCAGCCAGAAAUGCCUGAACGUUGUCGUGGUGACCGCUGUUCUGUCACGGUGGCUGUGAAUCAGGCAGAAGCUCAGGUGUUGUCUGAGAGAACCCACAGUCGACCUGCUGGACUCCUUCGUCGACCACUGGAGGUCAAUCACUAACUACUACAUCCAGACCACAGAUGACGAACGCCCCGCCUCUCAGACGGACAUCCCGUGGCGCCUCAGGCAAAUGUCCGACAUCCUGGUGUAUGAGGAGAAGCAGCAGGAUGUGCAGGAGACCGGACCCUGUCUGGAGUACCUGCUGCAGCACAAGCUGCUGGAGACCCUGUGCACCCUGGGGAAGGCUCAGUACCCUCCAGGGAUGUCCCAGCAGGUGCUCAUCUUUUUCUCCAAGCUGCUGUCUCAGAUGCAGAAACCUCUGCUGCAGCUCAUCCCGGUCUACAGACCUGUACAGAAGCUGAUUGGACUCUGUGCACUUCCUGGUUCCUGCAACGAGAAGGAGGAAGCUCUGUUUCUAUUGGCUGUGUGCACCAGGGUCAAGCAAGAUCCGCACGUGCUCAGAUAUGUCCUGCAGCUGUCAGACCAGCAGCUGGCUCCCAGCCAAUCAGAGCACAGCACGGAGGCCUCCAAUCAGAGCACAGAGACAGCCAGCAGCCAAUCAGAACCCUCGGCCUCCAGCGCUGUCCGGUCGGAUCUGCUCUGGGUUCUGCUGCAGCUCAGCAGGAGUCAGAGGUCCACGGUGCGUCAGAGGGCCUGUGAGGGCCUCCUGCUGCUGUCGUCUGUACUGGAUGGAUCUCCAGGGGAGCUGCUCCCGGCUGGGACCCGGCUGGGGGAGCUGCUGGCUGGGAGGCUGCAGGAGCUGUACUCCCUGCUGCCUCUGGAGGAGCUGCAUGCAGCAGAGCUCAGCUGCUGGCCCCGCCCCUCGUGGAGAUCGGAGUCAGCACCUGAUCACAUGACCAGCUUCCUCGCCUGGUUCGACUUCUUGGAUCACCUGACGAGCGAGGCUCCUCCGGUGCUGUCCGUCCAGCUGUGUCAGCGUGUCCGUCAGCUCUGGCUCGUGGAGACUCUUCAUCCUCAGCUGCUAGACACGUGCGAGCAGGGCAUCCUUGUCUCCACCUCGGUUCUCUGCUCUGCAGUCAGACUCGUCCAGUCUCCAUGUCUGUUGGAGCAGCUGCUUGAGUUUAUGCUGAGGUCACCUUCUGUGCUGGAAGUGCUGCUGCAGCGCUGCGACCACAUCUCUGACCAGAUCAGUAUGGUGUCUCUGUCUUUGGUGGACGAACUUCUACAGAAGCCUCACAGGGACAUUCUGGACACCCUGGUGCUGAGCUUUCUGCAGAGCCGAGGUUACCUGUCCUCACCUGUAGGGGGUCAGGAGGACAGGCAGCCUGAGAGCGGCGAUGAUGGCGAGCUGGCCCAAGACCUGGAGGACGACCCGUUUUUCUCCGACGGGUUUCCUGACGACCACCUUCCUCAUCAUCAUCAUCAUCAUGAGUCUGCUGCUCCGGGAUCAUCUACGGACAUCGUCAACAGUUUCCUGUGUUUGGUUCCGGUUCAGGUGCGAUCAGCCCACUUGCUGCAGGAAGGAGGUUACGAGUCGUACGUGCACGAUGCGCGAACCUUGGUAACCCAUUGUCAGUCUCUCUCUCUCUCCUGGGAUUGGCCCCAAACUCUUCCUCCUCCCACCUGUUCUUCAGGUGAGGAAGGACACUUCUUUGAAGGUCACCUGCUGAGAGUUCUGUUUGAACGUCUGGGGCGCAUCUUGCAGCAGCCGUACGAAUUGAACCUGCAGCUCACUGCGGUUCUGUCCCGUCUGUGCGCCUUCAAUCACCCCCUGCUGGACGAGUACCUGCUGGACCCGUACAUCCACCUGUCUCCCUGCAGCAGGUCCCUGUUCUCCGUCCUGGUCAGGGUGAUGGGAGAGUUGGUGCAGAGAACCCAGCAGGUGCCCAGCCUCUCAGAACGUCUGUUGGACACCAGGAGAACCCUGCUGGACCAGAACCAGAACACCGGGCUGGAACACCUGACGCUGCUCCAAGGGAUCAUCGUCCUUGAGGAGUUCUGCAAGGAGCUGGCCGCCAUCGCCUUCAUCAAGAUGCCUCUGGACCGGGACCACCAGAACUUCUCUUCAGGGUCCGAGUCCUCCAGAACGGAGACGAACUGACCAGGACCGACCCGUCUGGGCCCGGAUCGACAGGACCGCCAGACUUGGAGCUAGUCAUUGGGACUGACGUUGGUUCUGCUGGGCCUGGGCAGGAAGACGGACCUGGUUCCACCUGCGCCCAGGUGUGUGGACAGGACCA